AUGGCCAGGGAUAAAGCCUCAAUUGACAUGACAUGCAGCGAUCAACUGAAUGUAACAACUAGAAAAAAAAUUGAAACUCCAACAGUGAAGAGUGAGGAAAGAAGUCAAACAGAAAUAGCCGAGAUUCACUCGUUAGAGGACAUUCCGCUCGAGAGGGCUGCUUUGGCCCCUCAACAAUGGACCACCGCCGCACUCAACUUCUUUCCUUUCAGAUUUCUUGAGUAG